ACCAGGGAGCAGCAGCAGCAGCAGCACACACAUAGCUGUCUGUCUGUCAGCCGCAGCCGGCGCAUGCUCAGAGGGCUGCCAAUAGCUGUGCGGACCGGGCGGAAGGGGAAAGAUGGUAUCAGCUGAUGCUGAGUAAAAUGGCGGCACCCUCGGGAGGUGCAAGAGAAUUGGAACAAGGGUUAAUUAUGCCUGGAGGAUUUCAAGUGUCUCCCUGAAGACUGGCUUAUUUUUUUGACUCUGGGACUUUUUAUGCAGAGAGACAUGGAGGAGGAUGUAAAGUUAGAAAGCGUCAAUACUAAGAACAACUCGGGAGCUAAAUUAGACCGGAACAUAUCUGUCAGCGAGUUCUCCUGCAAUUGCUGUUAUGACAUCUUGGUGAACCCCACCACAUUGAACUGUGGUCACAGCUUCUGCAGGCACUGUCUGGCGCUCUGGUGGGUGUCCUCAAAGAAGACAGAGUGUCCUGAGUGUCGUGACAAGUGGGAGGGAUUUCCUAAAGUGAAUAUACUUCUUAGAGAUGUCAUAGAAAAACUAUUUCCUGAUGCAAUUAAAGAGAAAUAUGAGGACCUUGAGCAAAACAGUGAUAUUGCCCGGGCCCUGCAGGCUUUCAAUAAGUAUGGGAAUGAGCAAAACCAGACGUCUUCCAGUGCAGGACGAGCCAACCCACAGAGAGGAGGAGGAGGCGGCUUCUUUUCAGGGGUUCUGACUGCCCUAACAGGAGUGGCGGUUGUAUUACUUGUUUAUCAUUGGAGCAGCCGGGAGUCUGAACAUGACCUCCUGGUCCACAAGCAAGUGUCUAAGUGGACCUCUGAAGAGGUGGUCCUUUGGCUUGAGCAGUUGGGUCCGUGGGCUUCCCAUUACAAAGACCGAUUUUUAUCAGGCAGCGUUAAUGGAAGGCUCCUGCUGACACUCGCAGAGGAGGAAUUCUCCAAAGAGCCGUACAGUAUAGAGAGUACCAGCCACAGGAAGGCCAUUAUCAUGGAGCUGGAUCGAGUUAAAACACUAGGAGUCAAACCACCUCAGAAUUUGUGGGAAUACAAGGCAGUAAACCCUGGGAAAUCCCUUUUUCUUUUGUAUGCCCUGAAGAGCUCCCCACGGCUCAGCAUGUUAUACUUGUACUUAUUUGAUUACACAGAAACCUUUCUACCAUUCAUCCACACAACGUGUCCUUUACAAGAAGAAGAAAAUGAGGAAGACAUUAUCACCAAAUUCAUUGUUUCUGUAGCCUUAAGUGCAUUGCGUGGCAGUUCUGGAGUGCGGGAUCUGCAGGAACCGACAUGGACCCAGUGGCGGGAGUUCAUUGUCAAGUACUUUUUUCUUCCAUAUCAGCUCCUUGCUGAGUUUGCCUGGGACUGGCUAGAGGUUCACUACUGGACCUCACGAUUUAUUAUUGUAAACGCGAUGCUGCUUUCUGUGCUGGAACUGUUCUCAUUUUGGAACUUGUGGUCAACGAGCCAGUUGCGGUCCUUCCCUCGACUUAUGUGGGGGCAUUUUUGGAAGAUGUCAACACAAGGACUUUUUGUUGCAAUCUUCUGGCCUGUAAUCCCUCAGUUUGUCUGCAACUGUCUGUUUUAUUGGGCGUUAUACUUCAACCCAAUCAUCAACAUUGAUCUGGUAGUUAAAAAAAUUCGGAGAUUGGAAACCCAAGUAAUGUGAGAUCUUAAAGCACUUAUCAGGAUUGGUGUCGGGACACUGAAUUAAAGGAUGGAUAAUACCCCCUCGUUAUUACAGUCACUGUGUGAUCUGAGGUUUCAUUCAUUUUAAAAAGAGACUGUUAGAAAUCAGAGGCACUAUGAAGGUCAAAUUAUUUUCAGCAGAUUUUUUUUCUAUGUUUAAGAAUCAUUUUUCUCCUCCUGCCUUGUCAUAUUGUCAGCCUGUUUGUUGUGUAUUCUAGCAAGGUAAGUAUAAACGUUUGGGUCAGUUUGCCACUUGUAGCCUAAUUCUUCAGCAUCCCGCUGUAUGGUUCUGACAUUGAAGUAUUUACUGACUUUUAGCCACAGAAAAUUUGAAACUCCGCUAUAAAUGAUGUGCAAUAAUACCUAAAAAGUACCUGAUGUCGCUAAGCUUGUGUAUAACGAAAACCACAAAAACAAUCCGAUACUCUGAAGAAUGCUGUGCAAAGGCUUGUUUGUUUGUUUUUUUGCCAAUUCAAUAUGAUCAGCUUGUGUAAGGGAAUCCAUUUGGUUGCCUCCCGGGUUUUUCUGCACUGCGUGUCAUUCCUACAUCUACUGUAGGUACUUGCAGCAUCACAUUUAGUAGAUGGUCUAAGACAGUCUAGACUCUAGAACAUAGUUAUUAAAAGUCACUUAGGAAGAUCUGCAGUGUCCUUUCUCAAACUAUAUUAAAGCAUAUUUUUUGUGCCCUGAAUUGUUUUAAUAAAUCUUAAUCCAUAGGACAAAAUGCGUGUGAUUAAUUUAAAUGCAGAAAUUUAAUGUGUAGUCAAAUCAUAAUUUUGAUUUUAAAUUUGUCGAGAAUACAUUUUUACUAGCUUAAUGACGAAUCUUAUCCCCCCCCCCCCCACACACACACACACACACACACACACACACACACACACACACACACACACACACACACACACACACACACACACACACACACACAAACCACACACCCACCCACCUGCCCACAGCAAUUGUAUUGCUUCCCACAAUUUCAUUGAGAAAUUGCUUGGAUAAGAAUAAAGAUGCAUAUUUAACAUUGUAGUACAAUGAAGGACAUUGAGGUUUUUUUUUCUUAUUUAUUUUACGAUUGUUUGAAGAAGUCUUGUUAUAAUGAUGCAAUGAAAAUAAUUUAACUUAUUAUCAAUUUCACUAUGCCUUUCAGAAUUAAUUCAUCAGAGUAACUCUGUUACUCUUGGGUACACUGGAUGGGAUCAGAUUGCUUGAUCUAAGCAACGUUCUGUUGUAACGCACAGUGGAUGUUUUCUCUAAACACUUAAAUGUGCUAUAAACCCAGAUUUACUUAUUGUCUUUCAAGGUGACUCUAAGUCUGCUUGCAGAAUUAUAUUUUGUACAGUUGCCAUUGUAUAUACUGUUCUUAACAUUUUACUCCAGGUAAUCCUACAGAAUACACUGGGGGAAUGGAAUAGUGAUAUUAGUAGGGACUGACAUCACUGAGGUGCUCCUUGGUCUGAAGGGCUAAAUUGUAACACCCAACUAGAUACAGCCUUGGUAAAUGCAUGCCUACAGGACCGGAGGUAGCAGUAAUUGAUGUUUGGCGUAUAUAGUCACUCCUGCGCUGAAACGAUCAAGCAGAUACCAUUUGUGAGGUUAGAGUGCCCUUAACGAAAUUACCUAAAUCUUUUGUUUACUGUUAAAACUGGAGAUAUGUAGUAAAAACAUUACACAAUCUUGUAUGUGUAAAGGGGGGUACUCACGGAGCGAUCGCUGCUUAAAAUCUAAGCAAUCUGACUAGAUUGCUUAGAUUUUAAGCAGUGAUCUCUCCGUGUGUACCCCUCACAGCGAUAGCGAUGCGCAGCCCUGCGCAUCGCCAUCGCUGGUGCUAGAUUGGCCUGCAUGUAGGCCAAUCUAGCGGGUCGCUCACUUCACCCGCUGGGGGAAAUGAACGCCCCCGCUCCCCCCGCACGCUCAGCACACAUCGCGCUGUGCUGAGCGGCGGGAGAGAUGUGUGCUGAGCGGUUCGCUCAGCACACAUCUCUCAAACAUCGGCCGGUGAGUACUGGCCUUAACACCCAUCUUGCUUAGAUACAAACAUUACAUUACCUUACAGUUUCAAUCCUUGAUGGGCUGACAGUUUGCAUGCUAAGAUUUAUGUAUUCCCGGUAAUUAAUUAAUUUAAUCAAUAAAAUAAAAUAUAGUUCCCAAGUAAGAAAAACUCCAGGCAAACAAAAUAGGUUCUGUAAAUGCCAUUAGCACUAACUACUGGAACUGUGGCUGUUCCAUGUCCACAACAAAAGCGUCCAGUCUACACGGGACUGCUGUCAGUGCAGCCUACUAUGUAAGACGUUGCAAUCCGCUGUUACGCUGACUGUACACUUUCCCUUUCCAUGUUAUCCUGACCCUUCUGUCUGGCAUAGCAACUCUUACCAAGGCUAAUGAUUAUCUCAAGAACCACAGCAGCUCUGGGCACUUCACGCUACAUAUCUACUAAAUAGAUUGGGAGGGAUUUAUUGAUGGAGAUUUCUUUCAAAAUUCCUUUCAGUGUCAAAGAAGAAAUAUACGUUUGCCCUUAUUUCUAAAAUUUUUCAUUGCAUCAGUAGUCUAAAGGCGGGUACACACUACCCGAUGAUUAAAUACCUGCGGUGAACGACUAUACAUUAAAUGAUAUAGCGUUUAACGAUAUAGUACGUACACAAUGACCGUUAUCGCUCAACGAUAACAUUUAGUGACGUUACCACCGGCAUUCCCGAACAUGCAGCUCAGCCUGACAUGGACGGGUUGAGCUGCAUGUCGGCUCAAUAUUGGUGAAUUCUGAAUGACGUGGGAGCGCGCAUCGUUCACCAAUAUCACCCCCAUACACACUGGACAAUUUCAGGCUAAAAAUAAACGAUAACGACAUACAUGUUGUUGUUAUUUAUUUUUUAGCCAGAAAUCACUUUGUGUUUGUACCCCCCUUUAGACUAAACGUAGCCAAUCCAGAGGGUGCUUAUGUACAUCUUUUAAAGGUUUACUUAUGUGUGCUUUAAAGAUGAUUUUUUUUUUUAACUAGCCAGUAUGGUCUAUACACAGAAUUGCAGUUUUGUGGCUGGAAUGUAGUAAAGAUUCUGAGUAAAACACAUGUAUUGAAAUAUAGUCCUGUUUUUUCCACUGACGUAAACAUCAAUCAUCAUUUUAUUACAUUUGUAGCAAUUUACUCAGUCUCUGAUAUUUCUAGAUCUGUGCAAUGUAUUUUUUUUCUUGUUGAAUGUAUGUAUGUAAUUUAUUGAAUACCAACGAAAUGACCUUGCUCUGGGUGACUAAUGUAUGGUCACCGUUGCUGCACAUCUUCCUAACAGUCCCCUGAUUUUGUAUGCAUGUACUGUGAAGUUCCAUAUUGCUGAUUUUUGUUUUAUUUUUUUGAGAUUUUUAUUUUAAUAUUUGGGUUAAAUUAAAAACUGAGUUUUUGGU